AUGGCGGGCUUUCAGCGGAUUUUUGUUAUCAUUUUCAUUUCUUGUGUCGUGAUACAAGGUGAGUGAUGUCAUGAGUGGACAAAUUAGUUGCCUUUACCGGAAUCAAAUCGAAAUUUUUCAAAACUUGUGGAAGUCUUGGGGGAACUACUCAAUGCGCUUCGACAAAACUAGGCAUAAAAGAAAAUUAGCUACAACAAGAAAUGAAUCUUUUUUUGACCAACUCUUUUUCUGCGCAAUCCUCCGCAAAAUGGUCGAACUUAAUGGGUCCCUAUUGCAAAUCGCGAUCUAGGAUUUUCAUGGAUUGACACGUAAUCCAACUGGAGUAGCCAUACAAAAUGUUUAGAAAACUGAAGCACCGAACUCUUGCACUUCUUCCAUUAGACUACAAUGGUUUUUAUUUCGUUUAUUUUUACGAAACAAGGCUGCUACAGAAUAAUAAUGCACAAAUUACUUGCAUUCAGUCAUUAUUUUGCACUUUUUUCCAAUCUUCCCUGCUUUCCACACCGAUUCUCACGUUUCCACGCAGGUCUGAAUGUACCCAUAAUUAGGUCUGCCAUCAAUGGAUACUCAUGAUGUAAUAAAAAGUAACCUUACAAUUACUUUCAGUUAUAAAUGCAAUAAGCCUGGACAAUGUUUCAUUGAAAAUAUUGGCCAAGGAGAGGAAGGAGAUGUUGAAGAGAUUGCAUUACAAUAAUCAGGUGGGUUCUCCAAGAUUGUAUUAAAUUUGAUUACAAUUUUGCAAUUAUUGAAAUUACUUAGAAAAAAAUUAAACUUUUUGAAGACGUUUAAAAGUGUAAAUAAUAAUUUUUCGUUCAUCGUGAUCAGACUUUUAUGAAUAAAUUAUUAGUUUUUUGAUAAUACUGAAAUUGCUUCAGAUAUGGCGUCGAUUUAAAGUGCCCCGAUCAGAAGAGAUCGACCCGAAUGACGUGAUUGUCACCUUCGACUUGCCCAUGGAUCGCCUUCGUCGUGCUCUCAAUUAA